AUGGCUGUGCACAUGAGACUGGGAUGGGUGCUAUCUGGUUCAGUAGAAGACCCAACCCAUGAUAGUGGCCCAUUCGUGAACCUGGUAUCAAGUACACAUGUCCUUAGGUGUGCUUCUGAACCAACUAAUCCCGAGAAAAAUGACCUAACGGUAGAGCUGAAGCGAUUCUGGGACUUGGAGUCUUUGGGGAUAUCAAGCUCUGAACAGUCAGUCUACAGCCAGUUCACCAACACUAUCACCUUUCGGCGUGGUAGGUAUGAGGUACACCUGCCCUGGAAGGACACUCAUCCACUCCUACCUAACAAUUACGAGACAAGCGUCAAACGACUAAAGAAUCUGUUAAGUCGGCUUGAAGAAGAUCCAAACGUGGUGCUUGCUGUUAUCAAGGAGCAGAUUAAGAGUGGGAUUGUUGAAGAGGUCAGUAAGCCAGAAUGUGGAGAAGUUGGAAGAGUACAUUACCUACCACACCACGCUGUUAUUAGGAGGGAUAAAGAAACAACAAAGUUGUGA